GCGUGUGUCUCUGUCCCGGGUGGAUGUACACAUUAAUAAUCCUUUCCUUUCGCAGGCGUGCUGUCGCUGGGAGUGACGUCUGUCUUUGCUAAGGAGCCCUGCCCGGCCCGCACCGCUCCCCGGAUUAUAUACACGCGGCUGCCAUGGCAACAUCACGAUUACUGUUAUUAUUUUUCUGCACACCUCAGUGAAACCUGGGGUCCGUAUUGCCAGCACGAUAGCGCCUGCGUGCGUGUGCGCAUAACCGCGGGGAGGGCGCCUCGAUCCUGCUCUGCGAACGCCUUGGGAGCGAUCUUGUUUGUGUGUUCAGCUGUUUCAGUAUUUCGGUGCUUCUCGCAUAUCGGAGACGAUGACUGAAGAAGCGGCGGAAGGGUGUUUCUUUGCCGUGGCGUUAUAUUGUGUAUACAGAGCCGGGAUGCGCGCCGUGUGCUCGGGUCUCCCAAUCAAUCCUUGAAAUUGAGUAAAUGGGUUUAAAGCGUCCGGACGGGCUGGACCGUCGCGCUUCGGGACUCUCCGUUCUUCUAGUGUCGGUAGCAAUCUCGUGAAAACGCGUGUUAUCAAAGGCAGCGCAACAAAAAGGGGACAAAGAUGAAGCGGGCGAGCGGUGCGACGAAGGGCGAUCCACAGCGACAGCAAGGGCAUCUGAAGGGAAGACAAGGAAAUUGUGAAAGCAGGAGAAGCGCCGUAGGAUAGAUAGGGUCACCUUUCCAUUCCAGAGAGAGAGAGAGAGAGGCUAAAAACAACACCGAGGGGACUAGGGUCCAUAUACAAUCUAAGAUAUUUGGGAGGGUAGGGAGAUACUUAUAAAUAACUAUAACCGAACAGCCUGAAGCAAAACCAAGGACCUGAUUUUGUUUUGCAUUCCAAACCAACACACACUGACACACGUACACACGCACACUGACACACACAUACACAUACACACUGACACACACACACACACACUGACACACACACACUGACACACACACACACGCACUCUGCUAACCAGGCUGCCCCCCGCUAUGGAUGGAGGGGAUGCCGGUAAGGAUGGCUGCACGACCCCUAGCGCCAGCGCCGUUAUCCGAGGAGCGGUUGUUGCUGUCAGUUCCCCCCAGGAAUCGCACCGGAGAGGAAAGGGCAGCCUGUCGUCUUUGGUUUACAGGCGAGCAGCCGCGCCGGACUGGGAAAUGGAAGAGACUGAACUGGGAGCGGGCAGAGAGGCGGUAGGGAGGCGAUGCCCGGCCGGGGACUCUGUCAGCAUGAGCAGCGGAGGCGGCGGCCGGAGAGGCGGCAGGGGCAGCACGGGCAGCAGCGGCGGCGAAGCAGCCGCCAAGAAAGACUCUGCCAGCCAGAGACAGGAGCACUCGGUGAAGGGAUCAACCGAGAGAGAGCCGGUCUCUCGUUUCAGGAUCACCGCCGCGUCUUCCCCCGCCUCGGGCUCUGCCCAGCUCCGCCACCAGCAAUCCUCGUCACCCCCACAGCCCAUCUCCCAGAGGAGCGUGGGCUUCACCAGGGCGACCCGAGCCAGCAUCGCGUCCAGCGGGGGUGCGGCCAUCCCGGAUCAGAUCGUCCCGGCCGGGGCCGAGGCGGAGGCGGAGGAUUACAGCUACUCGAACCAGUCCACGUACAUGCAGAGGCAAUUCGCUGCCAUGCUGCAGCCCGGGGUCAACAAGUUCUCCCUGCGGAUGUUCGGGAGCCACAAGGCGGUGGAACUCGAGCAGGAGAGGGUUAAAUCUGCCGGCUCCUGGAUUAUUCACCCCUACAGCGAUUUCAGGUUUUACUGGGACCUGAUCAUGCUCUUCCUGAUGGUCGCGAACCUGAUCAUUCUGCCCGUGGGCAUCACCUUCUUCAAGGACGAGAACACGCCCCCAUGGAUCAUCUUCAACGUGGUCUCGGACACGCUGUUCCUCGUGGACCUGGUGCUGAACUUCCGCACGGGCAUCGUGAAGGAGGACAACACAGAGAUCAUCCUGGACCCUCGCGAAAUCCGCAUGCACUACCUGAAGAGCUGGUUCCUCGUGGACUUCGUCUCCUCCAUCCCCGUGGACUACAUCUUCCUGGUGGUGGACCUGGAGACGCACGUGGACUCGGAGAUGUACCGCACCGCCCGAGCCCUGCGCAUCGUCCGCUUCACCAAGAUACUGAGCCUGCUGCGUUUACUGAGGAUCUCCAGACUCAUUCGCUACAUCCACCAGUGGGAAGAGAUCUUCCACAUGACCUAUGACCUGGCCAGUGCAAUGGUGCGGAUCGUGAAUCUCAUUGGGAUGAUGCUUCUUCUCUGCCACUGGGACGGCUGCCUGCAGUUCCUGGUGCCCAUGCUGCAGGAGUUCCCCGAGGACUGCUGGGUCUCCAUUAACAACAUGGUGAAUGAUUCCUGGAGUAGUCAGUACUCUUACGCCCUGUUCAAGGCGAUGAGUCACAUGCUGUGUAUUGGUUAUGGCGCUCAGGCCCCUGAAGGGAUGACAGACCUGUGGCUCACGAUGCUUAGCAUGAUCGUGGGGGCCACGUGCUACGCCAUGUUCAUCGGCCACGCCACGGCGCUCAUCCAGUCACUGGACUCCUCGCGCCGGCAGUACCAAGAGAAGUACAAGCAGGUGGAGCAGUACAUGUCAUUUCACAAGCUCCCCGGAGACAUGCGGCAACGCAUCCACGAGUACUACGAGCAUCGCUUCCAGGGCAAGAUGUUCGACGAGGAGAACAUCCUGGGAGAGCUGAGCGACCCCCUCAAAGAGGUAGGAGCCCCCCUGUCAGCCCCCCCCCCCCUCCGUGAGCAGCCCGUCUCUCCUGUCCCCUCUCUCCCCCUCUCUAGUAGAAGCAGGUUGAGCUGCCGCGUGUCUCGACUGUCCCCUGUCUCCCUGUGCCAGCUUCGUGACGGCCGUGUGCUGUCUGAGCAGCGCGGGACCCCAGUUCCGCCCUGUGUGGGCGGACUGUGUGGGCGUGUCCAUCAUGUCGUCACAAGGAAGAUCUGCUUGCUGACUCGAGGUCGUCGCACGGCCAGCGUUCGUGCUGAUACAUACUGCCGGCUCUACUCCCUCUCCGUGGACAGCUUCAAUGAGGUGCUGGAGGAGCACCCCAUGAUGAGGAGAGCCUUUGAGAACGUGGCCGUGGACCGACUGGACCGCAUCGGUAAGAAGAACUCCCUCCUGCUGCGGACCGGCUCUGCAGACCCGAGCGGGGGGGUGCGGGGGUAUGGCUCCUGCGACAGCGAGAUCGUCCAUCAGAUCAUGAAGCACGACCAGGACAUGGCGGCACACACCGCCGAGGACCGGCCUGCCCCCCGAACAGUCAUCUGGGCGCCCCUGGUCCACGCGCCGCUCCAGACAGCCGCCGCUACCACCAGCGUGGCCAUCGCCCUGACGCACCCCCAGCACCAGAUCUACCUGCCCCCCCCGCCCCGGGGCUCCCCUCCCUCCCCGGCCUCCAGCCUCUUCCAGCAGCAGGAUCCCCAGGCUGGCAAACCCCCCCUACCUCCCAGGUCUCACCCUAAUCUAGCCUCAGGCUCCCGCCCGGCUUCUAUCAGCUCUCUGGGGGCUGUGAGUGGAGGGGGAGGGGGGGCGCCCCCUCCAGCACACUCCUCCAGAUCCCAGUCCGGUUCUGUGUCGUCCACUUCUUCCCAGAACCAGCCGGGGGUCUCCCCCUUCCCUCCUCCCACGAGUCCCCCCCCUCCUCCUCCUCCUCCUCCCAUUCCCAGCCGGGGCGGGGAGAGAGGCAGGGGAGAGGAGCCUCAGAAACAGCCCCGAGUCCCGCUGUCCCAGACUCGAGCCAGCUCUCUCUCCACCUCCCUCCUGCAGCAGCAGCGCCGGCCCCCAGGGGGCAGGACUCUGCACUCCAGCUUCCGGGCCCUGCCCGCCCCCCCCUCGCACGGGCAGACGGGCCGCAGCAUCAGCGGCAGCUCCACUCCCCAGCAGCAGGGGGCGCUGGCGGGGGCGGUCGGCAGGCUGUCUCGGGACGGCCGGCUCCUCUCCGCCUCCCAGCCCUCGUUGCCUCACAGGGGCUCCCAGGGGCAGCUCCAGCAGCCUGGUUCCCGGCAGAGCCACCCGGAGCCGCUGCAGUGCUUCCUGGACCGCAGCCACUCGCAGUACAGCCGCAAGGCCUCCGGGGGCAGCCUCGCCCCCUUCCUGUCCUCCUUCUACCUGCCACCCCCCUCCUUCUUCUCCACGUCCUUCUCCUCCUCCUCCCCUUCCUCCAACCCCCAGUCUCCCUCCGUCGCUCCUGGGGGGCCGCUGGCCAGGAGGUGUGCGGGCAGCGCAGGCAUGCUGUCGGGCACCCCUCCCGGCACGUCAGGCAGCACGGGUCCUUCAGUCAGUGGACAGCAACAGCAGCUUCCUCCUCCUCCUCCUCCUCCUCCUCCUCCUCCUCCUCCUCCUCCUCCUCUCACCCCCUCCCCCCAUGCCUCAGUUUCCCAGUCCUCCAUGAGCACCAAGACUAUCCCACAAUCCUCGCCUGCUGUCUCCCAGUCCUCCACCGGCGCCAAGGCUAUCCCACAAUCCUCGCCUGCUGUCUCCCAGUCCUCCACCAGCGCCAAGGCUAUCCCACAAUCCUCUCCUGCUGUCUCCCAGUCCUCCACCAGCGCCAAGGCUAUCCCACAAUCCUCUCCUGCUGUUCCACAGUCCUCCACCAGCGCUAAGGCUAUCCCACAAUCCUCUCCUGCUGUCUCCCAGUCCUCCACCAGCGCCAAGGCUAUCCCACAAUCCUCUCCUGCUGUUCCACAGUCCUCCACCUGCGCCAAGACUAUCCCACAAUCCUCUCCUGCUGUCUCCCAGUCCUCCACCAGCGCCAAGGCUAUCCCACAAUCCUCUCCUGCUGUCCCACAGUCCUCCACCAGCGGCAAGACUAUCCCACAAUCCUCUCCUGCUGUCCCACAGUCCUCCACCAGCGGCAAGACUAUCCCACAAUCCUCUCCUGCUGUUCCACAGUCCUCCACCAGCGCUAAGGCUAUCCCACAAUCCUCUCCUGCUGUCCCACAGUCCUCCACCAACAGCAAGACUAUCCCACAAUCCUCUCCUGCUGUCUCCCAGUCCUCCACCAGCGCCAAGGCUAUCCCACAAUCCUCUCCUGCUGUCUCCCAGUCCUCCACCAGCACCAAGGCUAUCCCACAAUCCUCGCCUGCUGUCUCCCAGUCCUCCACCAGCGCCAAGGCUAUCCCACAAUCCUCUCCUGCUGUCUCCCAGUCCUCCACCAACGCCAAGGCUAUCCCACAAUCCUCUCCUGCUGUCUCCCAGUCCUCCACCAGCAGCAAGACUAUCCCACAAUCCUCUCCUGCUGUCUCCCAUUCCUCCACCAGCGCCAAGGCUAUCCCACAAUCCUCCACACCUUCCCCACAAACCCCCACUCCCGCCCCUGGCUCUGCUGCUCUAGCCCCUGUGAGUCUGAGCUCUGUGGUGCCGGGAGGCAGCAGCAAACAGCAGCCCUCCCGCAUGUGAAGAACACGCCAGCAACACGCCAAGGGCCUCCCCCCCACUCCCAGCAUCACGCCGCAUUCAGCCCUGCGCUGACUGGACUGCACCCCCCUCUCUGUGCUUCCGCUGCUCAGCCCCGCGCUGACUGGACUGCACCCCCCUCUCUGUGCUUCUGCUGCUCAGCCCCGCGCUGACUGGACUGCACCCCCCUCUCUGUGCUUCCGCUGCUCAGCCCUGCGCUGACUGGACUGCACCCCCCCUCUCUGUGCUUCCG